UCAAUUUGAGACUAAAUCUGUGCUGGUGGUGCAGGCCUGCAGGUUACACACAUGUGUAAUGAGCUCUUAAGAAUGUUGUCUUUAAACUCAUUAAAUAUGUGCAGCUGAAAUGUUUUUACAGAUGUAACCUGUUUGCCUCUGGCCAUUAAUUUGUCUCGACUCUUAUAAUAGUUAAAUGGAAAUGAGUGGGCUUUUUUUUUUUUUUUUUUUUUUUUAAUGCUAGUCUAUGGGAUCAUUAAGGUUAUUGUGCGCACCGCCGCAUGACGUCAUACCCUCACGCAUCUCAUCCAGAGGCUCCGGGUUCUUUAUGUGAGAGGAGAACAGUCCGGUUACGGAUCAAACGCCUUUGUUUUGUCUUACCACCACAAACGGGAUUUAUUUGUCGAGGGUUUUUUUUUUUUUUUUUUUGGAUGUAUAAAAUAAACCCCUCAUCCAUCCCUAACAGAACAGUGAAGGACAUUUAACUUAAAUCAAGCGCGUCUUUUUUUUUUUUUUUUUUUUUCUCCGCUUACUCCUGUCGGUCAGUGCGCAAACUUUGGUUUCCAGACGCACCGGGAUCAGACGCAUAUCCACGCUGUGUGUGUGAGGAGGAAAACAGUAAAAACACACGAUCCGAUGGAGGCAAAGUGAUGUGGAAAUGGUGCGUGAUCGGUGCGUUUUUGUGCGUCUGACUUUUUUUGGACAAACUCCGACAUUUUUGGACGAUGUGGUUUUAUUAAGCGUCCGCGUUGCGCUCUGAUCGACAACUGGGAUGCGCACAAACGGAUCCACAGGAUGCAUUACCAGCAUUUGAACCCACAUGAUGUGCAAACCGAAGGGAAACGGAUCUCUGUGACAAGUUCUCUUGACAUUUUAUUUCAUUCCCUGUAAACGUUUAUCACAAUGUUUUUUACAACUUUUGUCAUUAUAUUGUCUUUCCCUGAUGUAGUGUUCACCUUGAAGGGGGACAGCGGCUCACCCUCCCGGUCCGUCCACCUGGACUGCGUAAAGGCCAGUGAGCAAUGUCUGAAAGAGUACAGCUGCAGCACCAAGUACCGGACUAUGAGGCAGUGCGUGGCGGGGAGGGAGAGUAACUUCAGUGCGGUCACCGGUCCAGAGGCUCAGGGGGAAUGCCGCAGCGCCAUAGAAGCCAUGAAGCAGAGCCCCCUGUACAGAUGCAGGUGUAGAAGAGGCAUGAAGAAGGAGAAGAACUGCCUCCGGAUCUUCUGGAGCAUAUUUGAGAGCUUACAGGGUAAUGAUUUGCUGGAAUACUCUCCCUAUGAACCAGUCAACAGCAGACUUUCAGACAUCUUCCGCCUCGCUCCCAUCAUCGCCGUUGAACCUGCAUCUACCAAGGAGAAUAACUGCCUGAAUGCUGCCAAGGCCUGUAACCUGAAUGACACAUGUAAGAAAUACCGCUCAGCUUAUAUCAACCCGUGCACCAGCAGGGUGUCUGCCUCUGAAGUCUGCAACAAGCGCAAAUGCCACAAGGCCCUACGACAGUUCUUUGACAAGGUUCCGACUAAAUACAGCUAUGGAAUGCUGUUUUGUUCCUGUCCAGCCGGGGAUCAGACGGCAUGCGCAGAACGCCGACGGCAAACCAUCGUACCCGUGUGUUCCUAUGAGGAUAAAGACAAACCCAACUGUCUGUCCCUCCAGAACACUUGCAAGACCAACUACAUCUGCAGGUCGAGGUUAGCGGACUUUAUCAGUAACUGUCAGCCAGAAGUGCGUUCCAUAUCAGGUUGUCUGAGGGAGAACUACGCUGACUGUCUGCUGUCUUAUUCAGGUUUGAUCGGUACAGUGAUGACACCCAAUUAUGUGCGAUCUCUUGGUAUUAGUCUGUCGCCGUGGUGUGACUGCAACAGCAGUGGGAACAACAAGCCCGAUUGUGAUAAAUUUGCCGACUUUUUCACCGACAAUCGAUGCUUACGUAAUGCUAUUCAGGCUUUUGGAAACGGUACUGAUGUUGGAGUUUGGCAACCGCAGCCGCCCAUUCAGCCAACUGUGGUUGAGCCAGGCAUCACCAGGAAGGGGAAAGAACGAACCAGCAACUCUGUGGAUGCACUGACAGAUAUGACAGGGAUGGACCUGGACGCCGACUCACUGUAUCAGAUCUGUGGGAUGAUGCAGCCCCAAAAACUGGUGUCAAAUCUAACUGUAGAUGCUACUCUUUGUGUGAAUCAUCAACUCGAUGAGUCCGGCGGUUCAAACGCCAACGCUAGAAGCGCCCCGGCCGAACUCACCAGCUUACACCCCUCGAGUCUGCUCCUCGCACUAGUCCUCGCUUUUACACCGACAGUGUUACCGCUCGAUGGUCUCCAGUUUUUGUAGAGUCGGAGAACUACGGAUCACCGAACCUCUGCCCCGCCCCCCCAUCUAAAGAACUGAUUCAACUCAUUUUAAUUUAACCAUCUGCCAAGGUGUGUCGCCCACAUUUUCUGUUGAAAUGUUAAAAGGCAACACAGCUUUAUCGGAAAAGUACUGAAUUCUAAACAACAGCAGGACUCUGUUGACUGUCUCUGGCUUUGGUUUGUGCUGUUGCUGUGUUCAAAAGCAGUCCUGCCGAAGUGGAUCCUGUGAUAUCAGCUCACUUGACUUUCAUGCAUUGUGGGGGCAAUUUGGGGAACAUCAGAAACCCAAAUUGUUUUUUUUUUUUUUUUUUUUUUUUUUUGUUUUUGGCGAUAAACGCUGCGAUCAGAUAACAGCGGGAACAUAUUCACUUCCUUUCGGAUGUGUACAGUAACUCGGCGCCUGUAUGAACAGACUGGAAAUGUGCGGAUCAUUCCCUGCAUAACUGUGCUUUGUUCUGUCCUGAAAUAAAGUUGCUUUAGUUCAACAAACGUAAAAACUAAAAAGUGUUGAUCUGUAACAUGUCAAAAUGGCAAACUAAUCCAUUUCAUUUUUGGACAAACUGUAUGGAAUAUGAUUCAUCAAACACCCACGGCAUUUUAUUAAAAGGAUCCUCGAGGGAUUAAACCAUCAGUGAGAGGAAAACAACAUUGUCUCCUUUAAAUUUUAAGUGCUCAGAUCAGUUUUGUAGGUUGAUUUGAUUGUUUAGGUGGUUUGUGGUUUUAUCACAUUGCCUUGUAAAGAAAAAAAAAAAAAUGACGUGUGCACUCUGUUACACUAUGCUGCUGUUAGCUUGUAACAUAUUGUCUGUAAUGUUUUUCAGAGUCUGUUAGUAUCUGGUGACUGGGACCUCUCAGAUUUAUCCAGUGUAGCUAUGAUUUAAAAAAAAAAAAAAAAUGUAACAGGCUAUGGUUCUUUAUUCAUUUAAUGGAAGAACAGCAGAUAUAACUUUGUUGUGUGGUUAUAUUUUGAUGGCAAAGUGCAUAAUGUUAUCUUGACAAGUAUUUCUCAAGGACCAUCUGUAACAGCAACAAGAACAAAGAAUUACUAAAGUGUCUUUAAUGGCGAAAACAUCGAAAAAAAAAAAUUCUGUUUUUCCUUAAAACAAACAUGUUUUGAUUGUUUCUUUUAGAUCCAUUAGACAUCCCUUAUUUUUUUUUUUUUGUAUUUUAUUAUGUCUUGAUGAAGAGGAAAAUGAUGUACAUAUCCACAGUAGAGACAAAAGCCAGUAGACGUUAAUUGCUACCAAUUAUCAUUUGACGGAAGAAAAAAUGAAAACACUCACACGCUUAAUGACACCCUAAUUAUUGAAAACACUCAAAGAAUGUACCACAUAAUGACAAUGAGCACUGAACAUCUAUCUUGCUAAAGUCAGUUAAAAUCAAUGGCAUGUAUGAUCCUUGUUGACAUCUAAAGUAAAGCCUGUUAUGAUGCUUUCCCGCUUUAGAAAUCGUGUCGGACGUUUCUAAAAGGGUAAGUUUCGGC